CCGAAUCAGUAUAUGUGAACAAGACUGCAGAGUGUUUGCAUUUCUGUGAGUGUGUGUGUGCGCGCAUAUGUGUAUACACAUGUGAAGAGACUUGAGAGCUGACUGAACAAGGUUUUCAUUUAGCCUCAGAAAGCUGCUUGCUCAUUAAGGCUUCAGAGAGUUUGAGCAUUCUCAAAGGCAUCUCACUUCCUGAAGGAGGCAAUGCCCCACACCAAAGUCCUUCGUCUCAUCUUGCUGACACUAUCUGGAGUCCUGGUCCCAUUUGUAAAAACUGAAUAUCCCCAAGGACCCUUGCCAACACUGUGGAAUGAUCCACCGGAGCUGCCAUCAGGUGGAGGGCCCUUAGAAACCUCCACCGCUGCCCGCUUCUCAGAUUCUGCAGGAUUACCACCGUAUACUUCUGAUUAUGAACCAGAGGACACAACCCACCUCCACCAGCUGGAAAGUGGGAAUGGCUCUCUGGGUCCUGGAGCGAUCGGCGCCAUAGUGAUUGCUGCUUUGCUGGGAACAUCUGUGAUUGUGGCCUUGAUUGUCAUCACUCUGCGAAAGUUUUCUGCUUCCUGAAAUCAAUAAAACGUUUCCCCCCACUAAUAUACUUUUGUCCAAGCUCCCUCCUUCCUCU